CUCUCUCUCUGCCUGUCUCACUGUCUACAGCUAUCUCUCUCUUCUUUUCUCCACCUGGAUCAUCCUCCACCUGGACCUUCUGUGUACUCUCUCUCCCCAGUUCGAUCUCAGCUCCCCGUUGUUUCCGCGAAUCUUUCGCUUCACCCGUCGCUUCUUCUGCUCCUUCGUCUCCCUCCGGCUCUCCUUUCUAUUCUCUUUUUGGUUGCGCCUCUAUACACCACUCACGGCCCUCGGUUCUCGCUUUUCGCUCGCUUCUACGCUCCUACCCGAACCGCGUAACCCAGUCAGUCAGUCGUGUACUCAUGAUCCGACCGGCGACCAGGUAGUAUCGCUGAUUAUGCGCGACAUGAGCACCACCGUCAUCGUAGUGUUUUACGAGCGUCAUGUAAAAUGGAAUUAAACAAUGUUGUUAAGACGUAAACAUGUUUUGGCUACACUGUGGACUCUUUGUUCUCGUGAUUGCCGUACCUGGAUUUAUUAGCAGCGCCGACAGCACGUCCAAGCGAGAAGCCGACUACACUUUAGAUGAUUCCUUUUGGAACGAAGAAACAGUCUUUGAUGAGGCCAAACGACUACUACAAGAGUAUCGACAAAACCAAGAGCUAGUACAAAAUAUCGGGGCUAAUUACUAUCAGAUCAUCUAUCCAGUACAGUUACGGCAUCACGAGAAAAUGGGGAUAUCCACAAGAGAAAUCAGCGUAUCCAAGUUUCCUCAAAGAGGAUACGGAGAGGGACAUCAGAAUAAAGGCAGAAUGAAAACGGGGAGACAUUAUCAUCGGACGUCCCUCUUGAUCAAGGCCUUUAAUCAUAAAUUUCGCCUAGAUUUAGAAUUAAAUACGCAACUUUUAGCUCCGAAUCUUGCCCAAACCGACUAUUUAGCCGACAACGCGGAACAACGUUCUAUACAGGAGAUAGAACAAUGCUACUAUCACGGUACCGUGAGGGACUAUCCAGGAGCUAUCGCUGCCUUUCACACGUGUGACGGUGUCAGCGGUGUUAUUCACUUAGGCAACGAGACAUUCGUCAUUCAUCCAUUUUACGGCGGCGAUUUAUCGCAGAAACAUCCUCACGUUAUAUUCGAAGCUCGAACAAAGGCUAACAGAGGCUGCGCUAUCUCGGAGAAUUAUGAGUGGCGUUCAAAGAACCGCCGGCAGAAGCACAUUCUGGGGCUAUCGGAGACCACUUCCGAUCGAUACAAGAGAGACGUCCGUGAAGUAGUGAAAUUCGUCGAAACUGCCAUCAUUAUCGAUAAGGCCAUGUUCGAGAAGAGGAACGGUAGCACCAGAGCCGAGGUCGUUCACGAUGCCAUCCAAGUCGCCAAUAUCGCGGAUAUGUAUUUCCGCGCGUUAAAGACUAGAAUCUCCGUCGUAUACAUCGAAACCUGGCAAGGCAAGAACCAGGUACAGAUCAGUACGGGCAUGGAUAUCAAUCAAGCUUUGGAGAAUUUACUCGAUUACGCGGUGCGAAAUAUGUUUCAUAUUCAACACGAUACCGCCCAGUUAUUCACGGGCGAAACGUUCUCCGGUGAAGAAUCGGGGAUGGCCACACCUUCGACCAUGUGCGGAAAAAAAUCCGUAGGGAUCAGCGUCGAUUUGAACACGUACGAGCCUCAUCUCCUAGCUGGUACUAUGGCGCACAUGAUUGGCCACAAUAUCGGCAUGAAACACGACGAUGGAAGAAGCGAGUGUUUCUGUCGCGAAUGGCACGGGUGCAUCAUGGCUCAAUCGAUCGUCGGCUUGGAAAACGUUCAGCCGUACACGUUCUCCGAUUGUAGUAAAGCAGAUUACGCAGACAUGUUAAAAAACGGCAAAGGUUCCUGUCUUUUAAAUAAACCAAACGAGGUGGAAAUAAAGAAGACUUGCGGAAACAGGGUAAUCGACGAAGGGGAACAAUGCGAUUGCGGAACGGUGUCGGAGUGUCACAAGCUCGACCCAUGCUGCGAUCCAAUCACUUGCAAGCUCACCUCGGAAGCGGAAUGCGCGACCGGUCCAUGCUGCAGCGAUUGCAAGCUGCUCGCUCACGGCGUGCUGUGCCGGGAGUCGACGAACGAGUGCGACCUGCCGGAAGUCUGCACCGGAAAGUCCGGCCAGUGCCCAGCGGACGUUUACAAGAAGAAUGGCAUCCCUUGCUCGAACAACACUACGUACUGCUAUAAGGGCAUUUGCCCGUCGUUGGACAUUCAGUGCGAGCAAAUAUGGGGCUACGGUGGUGUCGCUGCGGACCAACAGUGCUUCGAACAGUUCAAUUCUCAAGGCUCGCUGAAUGGACACUGUGGCACUAACUCUUCUGGUCACUAUGUGAAAUGCGAGUUGGAGAAUGUUCGUUGUGGAUCAUUGCAAUGUCAGCGAGGUAUCAAGCAACUAUCGAUACUCGGGAUAGAUCAUUCGAGAACUAUAAUCUCGAUGAAAGGAGAGGAGUACGAGUGCAAAUCUACGACUGGGAAAGUGGUAGGAUCCAACCUGCCCGAGAUGGGAUUGGUUCGCGAUGGAACAUCCUGCGGAGACAACUUGAUAUGCGUGAACCAAACGUGCAUGAGUCUCUACUCUCUCAUAGACAAUGAGAAAUGUCCUACCAAUCACGGCAACAUUGAAUGCUCGGGCAAUGGCGUGUGCACAAACAUGAAUAAGUGCUACUGCAACCUCGGAUGGAAUGGGACAGAUUGCUCCUUAAAGCAAGAUAUUCCAACUUUCCCGCCAAAAACACCUAGCAUCGAAGCUGGUAAAAAUAGUUCAAAGCCUAAAUUAGUGAAGAAAGAGACCCCCUACGAGAACUAUCACGGCUCUAACACUGUAUUUUUAGUUGUUGUGCUCAUGUCGGUGGUAGGGGGUGUUUUCAUAGUAUUUGCUCUGAUGGCUCUCUGCUACAGGUCAGUCGUAGUACAUAAAAACUACUCCCUCUGUCUCAGAAGGAAGAGCACCGUCCAGAAGUACGACCAACCGUACAUAAAGAAACCAUUGCAGAGGAGUUACAACAGCGUUCCUGGGAACAAUCAUCCGGAACUCGCCGUUCUGGACAACGUGAACACCAAGAUCCUCACCUAUCACAGAAUGCCUAAUUACAGCCGAAGCGACUCCCAGCGCGUGAUGUUUCAACACCCGAAUAUCGUCGCCACCACAGACGGGCCAAGAGUCAAGGAGUAUCCGGGAGCAGACGAAGUCGUCUCCUUCAUUGAUCUGCAACCAGACAAUCUCACAAAGAAGGGAAUCUUAAAGAAACACAGUUACGAUAUAGAAGGUGGAACGGUGGCCAGCGUGGAACAUACUUUGAGUCAACUGAACGGUUACCACGAGCACAUUCUCGAAGCACUGAAAAUGGCUGCUGAUCAGCGCGAUGCAUCGGGUACACCUUCGACCAGUGGAAAUCCGAUGGACGACGAGGCUUUAACGGAACCUCUGGCGGAACUGUUGACGGAACCUCUGCCAGAAUACUCUACGGAUUCGUAUCGUAAAAUCAUGAAGCAUAUCGACAGUCAGGCGGACGAGGAGUACGAGGAAUACCAACCUUGCGCUCCUGUUCGCAUACGUACUCUGAAGGACCUGAUUAAGCAGCUGGAGCACACAGCUAGAAACACAAGUCCAACCGGUUCCGAGGAUAUGCGGAUGUCCGAGAGCGAGGCCGAUCGUCCCUACAGAAAAGAUUCGUCCGUUUGUAGCGAGUCCUCCCAAGGAAGCAGAAGAUGUAGCCGCGCCCGUGACGAUACCUACGGUAGAUAUUGUCAACCAUCGUCUCGAAGUCCUUACGGCACCCAUCAGCACUCUCAACAUUCCCAUCAAAUGUACAAGGAGGAGGGUAUCUAUGCAACUGCCGAUCCUGACAGAGGCUCAAAUACUAGGGGUGAAACACCCGAUAGUGGAAGUGAUGCAUUUAUUCAAGCUCAACAAUUAGCCCGACGGACUAGUGAGGACGGAGUGCAACACUGGCCACCUCAGCAGCCGCCGCCGCCGCCGCCGCCGCCGCCGCCACCGCCGCCACCUGUAAUGACUGGUAGCACAGUGCAGCUGCUGCAACUACAUCAUUCUCAACAAGAACAUCGUCAACAAAUGCAGCAGCAGCAUCAUUGCCACCGUUAUGCGCAGCAGUCGCAGCCACAGCAGCAGCAGCAGCCGCAGCCGUCGUCGCAACAGCAACACCAACGUCAACAUCAGCAGCAGCAGCAGCAGCAACAACACCAACAACAACAACAACAACACCAACUGCCGGUGGAACAACUGCCAAUACAGCAGCGCGGCUAUUAUCCAUCCCCACCCCACACUGAUAACGGUCUCGACAACGACGAGACUGAAAAUGCUCAAUCCCACCAACAACAAAAGCUCCCCGACGUUCGUGGAAUCGAUGUUAAUCACUUGCCUAAUAUUAACAAAUGCCCACUAGACGAUAACUUUAGUCUAGAUUGUAUCAUAAAUAAUGGUUCCCUUAAAGAAUUAAAUACCAACAACACUAGUGAUAACGAAAAUACUGCCCUACUGCCCCCUUCGCAUUUUCCUGAGUACAAGCAUUGAUAAUUAUUAAUCGAUGACAGAUAGUGUCCAUAAAACAUAGUGGUGUGAUUUAAUCUUGAACUCGCAUUUUAUACUGAAUAGUGUAAAUAACGAUAAACUAUUGAUCGCAACAUCAACAACAAAAACAACGGUAAACAGGUAUUAAAUUAUAUGAAUUAAAAUAAUCUAUAUGAAAUGUUUAUUAAUAAACAUUAGUAAAGCGAUUUACUCGAAAAAACGUAUUACUAUUAUUCAAAUAU